CGUCGUCUCCCAUCAGAGGAGAGCAGGCUCGUCCUCGGCGUGUUGUGGUGUCUCCGCAGAGCGCGGAGCGGCAGCAUGGCGUCCGCGGUGCUCAGACAGUCCUGCAGGCUCCUUCCGCUCAGAGCACGCUCGCUCUCCUGCGCGCCCCGCGCUGCAGCCGGAGUCAGGCAUAAAACCACGAUCCAGUAUGCCACACGUCCAGACCUACCCAGGCUGGCUUACAGGAAGCUGAAGGGGAAGAGUCCAGGAGUGGUGUUCCUCCCCGGCUUCGCCUCCCACAUGGGCGGUCAAAAAGCAGAAGCACUGGAAGAGUUCUGCAAGUCUCUGGGUCACUCCUACCUCAGGUUUGACUACACAGGCUGUGGGGCAUCUGAAGGGCAAAUGGCGGAUUACAACAUCGGCACAUGGAAGAAGGACGUCCUGUAUGUGCUGGACGAGCUGGUGGAAGGGCCUCAGAUACUGGUUGGCUCCAGUAUGGGAGGCUGGCUGAUGUUGCUGGCUGCUCUCGCAAGGCCGGAGAAGAUCGCUGCCCUGGUGGGCAUUUCCACAGCUGCCGAUCACUUUGUGACAGCUUUCAACACUCUGCCGAUAGAGACAAAGAAGGAGAUUGAGGAGUGUGGCUCGUGGUCUUUCCCCACCCGGCACAACGAGGAGGGCUCGUACACGCUCAGCCUAGACUUUCUUAAGGAAGCGGAGAACCACUGCAUCCUGCAGAGCCCAAUCCCAGUGGCCUGCCCUGUGCGCCUCAUCCACGGCAUGAAGGAUGCUGAUGUUCCAUGGCAUGUCUCUAUGCAGGUGGCUGAACGAGUGCUCAGCAACGAUGUGGACGUCAUACUCCGCAAGCACGGCCGCCACCGAAUGUCUGAGAAGGACGACAUCAAGCUGAUGGUGUACACCAUCGAUGACCUUAUUGACAAGCUGACCACACUGGGAUGAGGUGGACAUAGUAUCAGUUGGGGUUGGAGAGGGCCUUGAUUGACUUUGAAGGAAAGAGGCUGCGUUGGUGGGAGGGGAACUGGGGAGAGGAAUCCAAGUGUUACAGAAAACACAACUGUCUGAUAUCACAUGUGGUCAGAAGCCAUGUAGUUAUAUUUUAAUGUCCAAAUGCUCAGCAGGUAAAUGACACCUUGCUUGUAGGUAGUUGUUCUUACCUUUGGGACAACACUGAUGUAGUGAACGCACACACAAACUUAUAUACAACCCUCCUCAGGCAAACCUAAUCUUGAUCUGUGUGAGAGCACCACAAAACGACAACGUGCAACAUGUUCAGCAAAAGGAACUCAUUCUUCACGCCUUCGUUCUUUUUUUGUUUUGUUCCAUCUUGUUAUGGUUAAGAGUUUUUCACCUUUUUACCUUAUCUAAGGCUUGACCCAACUGUUCCCUUUUUAUUGGUCCCUCUAUACAGUAGCUCAGAAGGGACAAAUCACAGAAAGACAUGCAUUAGAAUGCGUGCCUUUAUUUUUGUUUGAACAUUUCCUCUAAUUUAUCACCAGAGAGUCUCAUCUCACCACAUUCCUACAUGGUUUUUGAAGACAGUGGGACAUUUUUGCUCUAAUCCUGUUCCAACACACCUGUGCACAGGUGUUCAUUGUUCGUAAUAGCUGGUUCAGGUUAGUUUUGCGGGGCUAAACGUGAUCUGGUAAUGAGAACAUCUGUGGACGACUGUGAGAAAUAGUCUAUGACAGCAAGCCUGUCGUUAGCCCAUGGAUGUAAUGUAAGUUAGCAUGGCUCAGAAUCCCCCAAAAAACUCCAAAGUGUGUAAUAAAAAUUACAAGAGAGAAACAGCUCUGCUAGCUAACAAGAGUUUUCACUAUGUAGCUUGCUUUGCUUGUGUUAUCAGUUGUAAUCUAGUGGGUAUAGCUGCAAUCCAGCACCAAAAGUUGUUUAGCCCAGAUGCUUUUCAUUACGAUUACGUGAAGGUGAAAUGCUAAAGUAAGCCUGUCAGGAUAAUAAUGAGGGUUGUUAAUGGCAUAGAAGAGCGAGAUGCUGAUUGGUUGCAUAACCAUGUGUUAUCUGUGGUUAUUUCAUACAUACCUAGCUGGUAUUUGUGACAUUUUCUUUCCUUAAAGUGGAUUUUCUUUUCAAAAUGUCUGCAUAAUUCAGUGUGUGAGAUGUAAACAGUCAUUCAGAGUGGUUUGGUGUGAAAUGGUUCAGAUUUCUUUACAGUGGUGGUGAUAGGAACCAGGGCUCACCAUGUCUACAACACAAAUGUAGACAUUUUAUUUACUAUCCAAAACCACCAGUGAACGCACACGUGUCUUCUGUGGUUUUAUAUGUCAUGUUGAUGAUGGUAAAAUAAUGGAAAAUCUGAAAUAAGAAGUUUUCUUUGGGGACUAUUUUGCCUCAACAUCCUGCAUAUUAUGUAACCCUCCACCAUGAAUGGGUUUUAAGGCCAAAAUCCCCUCAAAACUAUCAUAAAACGGUGACAUCAGGUAUUCAUACCAGUUCAUGUAAUAACUUUCUAUGAGAGAGCUUUUAGACAUGGACGUCUAGUUCCUAUCACCACCACUCUGGUGCAAACCACUCUGAUUUUCUUUACGUCUUAAUGAUUUAAUUAUGCAGAAGUUUUGGAGUUCCCCUUUAAUUUAGGCAAAUUCUAUAGCUCUGAAAAUUUUCUUACCAGCAUGACACAAAGGGAAUUUUGGUCUUCUAACACGCACAUAAUGUCACUCAGAGCAAGUAUUUGAUAGUCAAAUCAUUGGAUUUGAUGUGGUUGGUCUGCUGGGAGCCUAAUAUUGAUUUCUGGCAUGAACAGCACUGCCUGUGUUGGAGUUCAGCUGCCUGUGUAUGUUACUGUGACACUGCAUAUGCAUAUGACGAAUCGGCACUUGCUUUCACUUCUUUUUUUCUUUUUUUCUUUUUUUUAUUUGGUCAUGUUCAAAAUAUACAUUAGAUCAUGUUUGUUUUGUGCUUAACGAUCAAACAGUGCAUGUUUUCGUUGUGAUCCCGUACGUUCUGGGAAGGGGGAGGACUGUACAACUGUGAAAAGAAGCCUCUGGCUGUCCACAUCGCUGUGAAUUUUGGGUGAAAACUUCCUGUCAUACUGAAGAGUGGUGCAGGCUCUCUGUCUUUGUGUACCUCCUCUAGGCCGAUUGCACUGUUAUACCCUGUACCCUGCUGCAUUCUUACAGAAUUCUGCUCAGAUUUGGGAAUUGUGGUCUGAAGCCGAUGUUAUCGGACAUCCAGACACAGUUCACUUCCUCUGUGUGCUGUCUGAAAUAUUCUUUAUGGCUCAUUUGAGUUUACACUGCCUGCAAUGCUUUACACAGACAAAUCGUAUCUGGGAGGUUGCCCAAGAGCUCCUCCUGCCAGUCCUUUAUUAUUUUCGUAAUGAACAAUAUGCAUUUUUGAUAAUUUAUCAUAGGUAUGGAUGGUGUGUGUGUGUGUGUGUGUGUGUGUGUGUGUGUGUGUUAGUUAUUGUAAUAAUGAACGACUGCAGCUGUGUUGCAGUGCCGUUGGCUUUGUUCAGCACACUAAAGUCCACACAAAGGCUAGUGUUAGUGUGAUGGACUGGCUCAUACUUCUGAAGACAAAAGCCUGUUUGUCUUCCUUCCUCAGUUUCUUGACAAAUGGCCAGACAGCAAAAGACAGAGCCGUUUUAAUUCCUUAAUUACGCAAAACUAAAUCUUUUUUUCUGUGCUCAUCCCUUCUGUUCACCAGUUUUGGCAUGGAGGAAGUUUAUACCCCUCGUAAAUAUGUUUCGCUCUUGCUUUUGGAGACUCCAGUGCCUAUAGGGAGUCACUCAUCAUUGGAGAUUCUUUAGGCUUAAUCUGGGUCUGGUAAACUGGUUCAUUGUGUUUUAGUAUUAUUUCAGAUUAAGCACUAUAUAAAAGUAUAUUGUGUUUUAACUAAGUGUGCACAUGUGUAUCUGUAUCCCCUGUACAUGAAUAAGAUUUUUCAAUAAUAAAAUGUAAAAGAUAGUAGAGAAUAUGUCUGGUAUUUAGUUUUUUAUGUUCAAGAACGUUUGCCGAAGGUUUUUCCUGUGUUUUCUCUGUAUUUCUGUUAAAGACUAACUGGUUUCCAGGAAUUGAAUAUCACUUCAGUUACCCUGGCAGUCAGUCAGUUUAGCCUCACUAUAGUGU